AUGGCGAAGAAUCAGGCAAUAUUUCAACUAAAUGAUUUAUUCGAUGAUCACGAAGAAAUCCUAAUUUACGAUGAUCGAUAUUUGAAAUGUAUUGUUAAUCCUAAACCCCAAGCCGCACGUGAUUUUGAAGACGAAAAUCCUGGUAUCAAAGUGAAGCAGUGUCCUGCACACUUAACUUUUAGGACAACUACGGAUAAACAGCACCUAACAAUUACUCAAUUUGAACCAGAGCACGAUCACGAUCCAUCAGAUAGAACUCCACGACUGAAAGCGUGUAAACAACAGGUUGCUAAGAACAAAAUUCGAGACACUGUAAUUGUAAAUCAUAAACAGAAUCUCGACGAUUCAGUUAACUCUUCUGUUCUCAAUUUGCCAGACGAUCAACAAAUUCAAUCUCCUAUUAUCACUGAAUCAAACGCUGAAGUUUUGUCCUCACUGCCAGAAACCGCCGAUGAAUCAAUUAAUAUUGCUGAUAUCGCCGUAGUUUGUGAAGAAGAUUUCGACAUCUUAUUAAAAAAUAUGGAGAUUAAUAUUAGAUCUGCGCUCCAUAAAGAAAAGCAGAACCAAAAAAUCUAUCGAGUAAAUCAGAUGCUGAAUGGCAUUAAUAAUAAUGAAAACAAUUUUGGUGUUGCGUCAAAAGUUGAAAAUUUAUCAAUUUACUUGAGCCGAUCUCGUGGACGCAAUCGAGGUCGAAAAAAUCGAGUUAUCGGUCUACCAGCUAGUAAAAGAAACUACUCUAUAAAAUCAUUUGAUGAGUUGAGAGAAGGUCAGAAAAAAAAGUACAUUUUAAAGCUAAUGUUCGAUGAUGAAGAUUUUAUUAAGGACAUUAUUUUACGUAUAAAAAAAUUGAGUUGUCAAACUUGA